AUGGGUUCCAAUUCACACUCGCACUCAUCCAAACAUGCCAUCAAACUACGAGGAGCAGGAGGGGCCAGUGCGCAAGGAACGCGACCCUCGCAGCAGGAUCAAUACACAAUAAUCCUUCCGGACCAGAUCCCCAAGAGCACGAUUCCCGAUGAACUGGCCAUCUUUGCGGUCUACGACGGACAUGGCUCUAGAAAGGUCGCGCAACACGCACACCGGCACGUCAGGGAGCUCCUCUUCGGAGGCGACGCACUACAAGCCGGUCGGUAUGAGGAAGCUAUCCGAGAAGCCAUCCGAAAAGAAGAAGAAAUGCUUCUUGAAGAAUGUCAAGACGGGGAGGACAAAUUCGCGAUCGCCGGAUCGACGGUCUCGGUGGUGAUUAUCAAUCUUACCAAGGGCGUGAUGGUGGUGGGUAAUCUGGGCGAUUCGCAUAUCCUCAUGGGCGAGUGCGAUAUAACCGGACAAUUGGAGACUGUGCAUCGGUUGACGCAAGACCACAAACCCGACUGUCCGAGAGAGAAGGAGAGAAUCGAGGAGGCGGGGGGAAGGAUCAACUAUGAGUCGGACACAGCGCGGAUAGGAGCCUUGAAUAUGUCACGCGCACUGGGAGAUCUGCAGUAUAAAAACCCACUCAACAAUGAUACUGCAGGUCCAAGCACUGCAGGCCAGGAACUUGCGGCGAUGACGCCGUCCAUUGAACAGGGCAACUUCUUAUCUGCUGAACCGGCAAUUAUCCGGGUAGACCUGCAGCAAGAUCGUCGGUAUAUCCUGGCUUUGACGACGGAUGGUGUCACCAACGUGCUGGAGGAUAAUGUCGUCAUCAAUGAACUCAAGACACGGCAUGAGGGAGGACUAGGAGUGCAACAGGUGGCAGAUGAGCUCGUCCGGGAUGUUGUAGAGGGUUCGCGGAGGGAUAACGCUACAUGUAUUGCGGUAUUCCUGGAUGGAUGUUUGUCUUGA